CCAAGUACAGUGCCCAUGCUAGUAGUAGUACUAUUUUUCGGGUGACGGGAGCGGCAGCGUCAUAUUUAUAAGAGCCAGCAAAAGGCGGCUCUCUUCUUUUUUGUUUGUUUGGAUAUUCUAUUCUGCUUCUUCGGAUCUAUGCUUCAAAUCUUAUCUACAAAACAACUCAGCACUCGAUUCAUUCAUACAGUUUUGCAGCUUCAAAUGUAUUAGGUGGACUGACAAGGAAGCACAUCACACUUUUCACUGGCUGUCCAUUGCCACGGGAUCGUUUCACUACCUCUGUUCAAGGAAUGCUGUGGAUUUCACUUUCUAUGUGAAUUCCUGAGUUAAUUUGUUAGGAAGUGUCAGGGGCUCGAAUUCUAAACAAGAAAGAGAUGGCAGUUAGACAGGCAUCAUUAGGUGGGGUGGAUGUGGAUUUAGAAACAAAGACAAAUGUAGAAAAGCUGAAAAGAGGAAUUGCAGAGUUCUAUGACGAGUCAUCGGGAAUAUGGGAGGACAUCUGGGGAGACCAUAUGCAUCAUGGGUUCUAUGACCCUAACUCCACCGUCUCCCUAUCUGAUCAUCGUGCUGCUCAGGUUCGGAUGAUUGAGGAGGCCCUUAAAUUUGCCUCAGUUCCAGAGGAUCCAAUGAAGAAACCAAAAAGCAUUGUUGAUGUUGGAUGUGGUAUAGGUGGCAGUUCUCAGUACCUAGCAAGGAAAUAUGGUACUGAAUGUACGGGUAUCACCCUAAGCCCUGUGCAAGCAGAAAGAGCUCGAGCUCUUGCUGCUGCACAAGGAUUAGAAAACAAGGUUUCCUUUGAAGUUGCAGAUGCCUUAAAUCAACCAUUUCCAGAUGGGAAAUUUGAUUUGGUGUGGUCUAUGGAGAGUGGAGAACACAUGCCAGAGAAGGCAAAGUUUGUUAACGAGUUAGCUCGGGUUGCGGCCCCUGGUGCAAGGAUAAUCAUUGUUACAUGGUGCCAUAGGAAUCUUUCCUCCUCUGAACAGUCACUAAAUCCAGAUGAGAAAAAGCUGCUAGACAAGAUAUGUGAUGCAUAUUAUCUUCCAACAUGGUGUUCCACAGAUGAUUAUGUGAAGUUGUUGCAGCCCCUCUCUCUUCAGGAUAUCAAGGCUGCAGAUUGGUCUGAAUAUGUUGCACCAUUUUGGCCAGCAGUAAUAAGAUCGGCAUUGACAUGGAAGGGGAUAACAUCACUGAUACUGAGUGGAUGGAAGACCAUAAAAGGAGCAAUGGUUAUGCCAUUAAUGAUGAAAGGAUAUAAGAAAGGUUUAAUUAAAUUCGCAAUUAUAACAUGUCGGAAGCCAGAAUAAACAAGAAAGCCAUCCAGUUUGUCUGUGAUUCGUAGGAUUUCUCAUUUCCAAUGAUGUCAUUGAUGUGAGAGGAUGCUAUGUCUGUUUGACUGCUCAUUCAGCCUGUUGUGUAUGAAAUAUUUUGUGAUGUUCAUCCAACUAUAUUUAGUUCACUUGAUGAAGAUUUUGGAUAUACGGUGGAAAUUCCUAUAUGUUCAUGCAAA